AUGCACAGGCUGUUUAUAGGCACCUGCCGCAUUUCAGAUGAUCCAGCAAAAGAUCUAAGCCAAAGAUUCCACUGGACACUCAUUGUUGAAGCCAGCUUCAGGCUACAAGGCGUAAGGCGCUUUCACGCUUGCUGUGGAAUCGAAUCGGAGCUGGACGAGCACCUUUCUCUUCCAGCACAAGCUCCCGGCUAUUUUAACCAGUACCACCCAAUCCGAGAGCAAUUGGUUGUCCUCCAGGAUGAAGAUGAGUCUUUUGAGAAAUUUGGUAUUGGGCAUGUUGGUGAUGUUGAUUGUUUGCUGGGCUUUCUUCGCACUUUCAAAGAGGAUCCGAAAGAAAGGCCUUCGAGUUGUUACCAUUGGCUUCGAGAAGCAAUCGAAUAUCUCAAGGAAAAUGAUGUCUGUGAUACGGAUCUGCGAGAAAGAUGGUUAGAGACGCGAGAAUUACUGGACAACGGGCCUAACAUGUAUCAUAAUGCCAGAGGUCAGGAUGGCAUGGGCCUGGGUAUUGACCACUACAAUAGUGAAAGCCAGAACGAUACGAGCCAGCACAUUACACACCAGAGCGGCAUGAGUUCAGAUGGCAUAAGCAUUGAAGAUAUCAAUAUCGAUGAAAUCACCUCACGUAUUGCUGACCAUAAUGCCACGACUCCAGAUAAAAUAAGCCUAGAUGGGCUAACUCCGGAUUUUAUACAGUACUACAGCCUAGAUACGCAUCCGAUGGUUCAGAAUGCCGAAAGUCACCAUAGCAUUCAUCGUGAUAGCAUGAACGUCGGUCUCAACCGCCAGAAUACAAUGAGAUAUCGUGCUAUUAAUCAGAAUAUCCCACCUCAGAAUAGCAUAACCUGUAAUACAACAGAUCGAUAUAAUCCACACCAGAGCCACAUGGGCGAUGGGGUUGUGAGCAUUAAUAGUAUGGGUCAGAGUAGCGACAAUCAGAAUUGCAAGAAACACAAGGGCAAGAAACACGGUUCUAAAUGGUGUUGUUUUUCUGGAGCAGAGGAUCUUAAUUAG